UUUUUGUUCUUGUUUUGUAGUUCUGAACACGAGAACUUGUGAGAUUUUCUCCUUCUUUGGGAAACGCACCUGCCUUAGCUUCAAAUCAGUAUUUCUGACCUUUGUACUAGUUUCUGUGUGAUCGCAUUACAUUCCAGCCAGCCUGAACAGCUUCCUGUGAAGAAAAUGGACAGUCUCAAAGGUCCUUGCUCUCAUCGGAGCAUUCCUGUUGAGACGGAUGAGCGGAUGACAGUCUCAGGUAUUGACUUGGCCUCGUUCCCUUCUUGUGACCAGUGUGGCGGACAUGAAGAGAGCAUCAGGAAAGUUGAGAAGCAUGGCUGUGGUAGGGAAGUGUGUGGGGUGGGCCCCGCUAGACUCCCUGAGGGACUGUGUGAGUAUGAAGGAAGAGCAGCUGCUCAGGCUUUUGCUGACUCUCGCUUUAUGCCCCAACAUGCGGCUCACCCAGUAAGACAGAACCAGCCAUUUUACGAACAGGACCCCAGGAAUGAUCAGAGGAGGGGCCUCACAGGCCCUUCAGACUGUUCUUUUGAAGAAGCAGAAUCCUUGGAGCCUCCAUUACCACUCAUGUCAAACAUGAACUGGGUUCACCACAAUGUGCCACAACACCAACCGUGUAUGCCAGGCCUUGCUACAGUACAGAGACAGUAUCACCAACCCGCACCCAAUCACCAGAAGAAUUACUGUCGAUACAAUCAGGACCUUCCACCCCAAAAACAACAGAAUGUCCCACACAGCACUCCUCAGCUUGAAGAGGCUCAAUAUGUUGCUCGAGGUUUAAUGCCUCAGUGCACACCCCCUCCUGCUAAUGUGAUGCGUGAAGUCAGCGUGGGCUGUUCUGCUGCUGCAGGUGCAGGAGCGUUCACUGGAGAGAUCAGGAAGACCAUCAGCUUGCCUGAGGAGAGCAGGAAUGUUUUUAUCACAUAUUCCGUGGACACUGCUGGUGAAAUCAUUAAUUUUGUCGGAUUUUUGACCAGCCAGGGUUUCAAACCAGCUAUUGACAUCUUUGACAAUCCAAUCCGAAGAAUGGGCAUUAAUAAGUGGAUGGAUCGUUACCUGAAUGAUAAAUCAGUGCUCAUCAUCGUGGUCAUCAGCCCCAAGUAUAAGGAAGACGUGGAGGGAGGUGGAGAUGACGACCACGGCCUCCACACCAAGUACAUUCACAACCAGAUUCAAAAUGAGUACAUCCAACAAGGCUGUCUAAACUUCAGACUGGUUCCUGUGCUGUUUCCCAAUGCAACUAAGAGACACGUGCCAAGCUGGCUCCAGAACACCAGGCUCUACCGCUGGCCCCGCGACACCCAGGACCUGCUGCUGCGUCUGCUCAGGGAGGAGCGCUACAUCAUCCCGCAGCGGGGCCCUGACAUCACCCUUACUGUUCGUCCUUUGUGAUGAUGAAAAAAAUUAACUCUUAGAAAAUAGGUUUUCUUCCCAGAAGCCAGACAUAGAGAAUCAAACAAUUUAGUUUGAAUCUUUGUCGUUUGUUCCUCUUUUUUCACGUUUUUGUUGAUUUGAGGUAGCUUCACCUCCAGUAUUUAUUACUCAAGCCAUACUCUUAGAACAGAUGAAAACAGGCACAGGAAAAUCCAAGAACCUAAGCAUUUAAAGUUAUUAUCAUUGAUUAUUGAUAUGCUUGGAAAUAAUUAUUUUUUGACCAGCAGGGGGAAGCAGAAGAAAUUAUACACUCACAUCUGAUUAGUUUACAACAUUCUUUGGUAAACAAUUUUUAAGUUAACCACACAUUCAAAGGUAUCAACAUUUACAAACAUGUAUAUUUCUGUGGAAUCAUGUUUUAUUCCUUUUGUUUAUGAAACAUUUGACCAUUCAGGUACAAGGAAGCUCUCUGAGUAUAAAAACAUCUUUACUGGAACUGUAGCUACGUAGUUAAUUUUCAGCUAUUAAAUUUCCGAGACUUCUCAGAUUACAUAUGCACGUUUAUUAUGUCAUUAUAGAUAACAUCAUUCGUAGAUUUAUCAGCUUCAUUUUACACUCUGUCAAUGUUUGGGAUGAUUGACCAGUAGGUGGCAGUAUGCAUCAAUGAUAACCCUACAAGAACUAAGAAUCGCUUUGCUGUUGUAAUAAAAUCAUGAAUGGAAGCUAAA